AUAUUGAGUAUUCGUGGAUGACAAAAGUUGAUCAGAUUCAGACGAUUAAGAUAAUUGUUAAUGUGAUCACUAAGAUAAAAUGGAUAUCAAGAGCUGUGUAUGGAUUUUUCUGCUUUUUUCUGUAAAGUUCUGUUCCUCUCUGGAUUGCUACACUUGUAGUACACAAUUGAACUUAGAAGGUGACAUACAAAAUAAAUGUGAUGUUCACUCCUGGUUUUCUAAUAAAACACCCAACGUGUCAUUUUGCCAGUCCCCAAAUGUUUGUUCAAAAUAUAUCGUUGAACAUGAUGGGAUCAGAUGGGUUCAUCGAUCCUGCAGUCCAAAUAACAUUUGUUCUCAAGUGGCUGGAAGGUACAACGAUAACAGGAAUGCUUUAGUGGAAUGCCAAACAUGCUCCGAUCAAGACCUAUGUAAUUCGGCUCAUAGAAGUGUUUUCGGGCAAGUUCUUCUACUUAUUGUAAUUUUUAUAAUAUUUUAAAAAAUUAUUGUUUUUGUUUACCAAAAUAACACCAAAAUUUAUUAUACGUUUACUGUAUUUUAAUUAAAAGGAAUAAAUUACUGAUAUCGUA